AUGAUGAUCAAAGUUCCAACGUCUGUAAUUGGAACGGACAGCCCCAAGGCAAUGAAACGUGAGCACGAGAACGACGAAGGAGAUCGUUCUAGUCGUCACAAGCGGCAGAAAACCGAUGGUUUUACUGAGGCAAUUCAGCAGGGAAAGUUCGAAGUUCGUCUUCUAGUGAGCAGCAAGUCCGCGGGAGCUAUCAUCGGAAAAGGUGGUGAAAAUAUCAAGCGUCUUCGUGCCGAGUUCAACGCCCAUGUCCAAGUCCCCGACUCGAAUACCCCUGAACGUGUUUGCACCGUCACCGCCGAUGAGAAAACAGUCCUCAACAUUUUGAAGGAUGUUCUUCCUCGUCUUGAAGAUAAUUUCUCUGAACGAGACCCUUGCGAGGUUCGUGUGCUCAUCCAUCAAUCACAUGCAGGAGCCCUCAUCGGUCGAAACGGAACUAAAAUCAAGGAACUCCGUGAAAAGUGCUCUGCACGUUUGAAGAUUUUCACUGGAUGUGCCCCUGGAUCCACAGAUCGUGUUCUCAUAACAUCUGGAGAACAGAAAAAUGUUCUGGCUAUAAUCGAGGAAGUCAUGAAAGAGCUCAAGGAGAUUCCAAUCAAAGGAUCCGCGACUCCAUAUCUUCCAAGUUUCCAUUACGAUCCGUCCAACAUCUCCGAAUAUGGAGGUUUCCCCGGAAACGUUUCGGGUGGAGGACCACAAAACAAUCGUGGACCAGCUCCCCCCCGUGGAGGACAAGGCCCACCCGGUGGGCCGAGAUCGUAUGGAGGAGCAAUUACUCCAGGAGGAGGCCCAAGAUCCUUUGAAGCUGGAGAUUUUCAUCAAUUCCGUGGAGGACCAGUUCCUGGACAAUACUCAAUGAAUGCUCCAGGUUAUGCACAAGGCCCACCGCAAGGACAAUUUGGUGCACCAGCUAAUGCUGGAUACGGCUAUGGACCAGGAGGCGGUGGACCGGUUACAACUGCUCAGGUGACGAUUCCAUCAGAUUUGGGAGGCACCAUAAUUGGACGAGGAGGUGAGCGUAUUGCUCGAAUUCGUCAAGAGUCGGGUGCGCAAAUUACUCUCGAGCCAAGCAACGGGCAGCCCGAACGCAUCAUAACCAUCAAGGGAACAGAACAACAAAUUCACAGUGCUCAAUAUCUUCUUCAACAAUGUGUCCGUAACUCAACACAAGGUCGCGAGCGGUUUGGAGGAAACGUUUAA